GUUAAGUACACUCUUGCACUUUUAUGAUUGCAGUUUGUUUGUUUAUAUUUCUUUGGCUUUAUUGUUUAGAUGGCUUAAAUGCAUUAGUUCUAAUUGUAAGCGCGCACAUUUAGUUAACUGCUGUAUUUUAUGCCUUUCAUUUGUUCAAUUUAAGUUGAUUUGUUUUCUCUUACCGGUGCUGGGGUUCUCCACUUUCUGCUUCCUGAGAUGGGACAGGCAAACAGGGUUGAAGGGGUUCUGUCAGCUAAAUACAGGAGGAGCUGAUGGGACCAAACCAAUAGCUCCCUGAAGAGGGGACUGAAGAAUUUCCUUUAAUUUAUUAUUUUGUCAUUUGUUAAUUAAUUUAAGUUUGAAGUUAAAUAGUUAGGUUUAUGGGUUAGGAUGUUUAGGUUUAUUAACAAUCUGACUGUACUGAUUUGUGGUUUUAGUUUUAGUUAGUAAAUGUUUGUCUAGUAAUCCCUAUUGUUCAUAUGGUCUGAUCAGCCAAUGUGUAUAUAUACCCUUGUGUGUCUUUGUUUGGAAGGUCGGUUAUUGUUUCAGUCAGUCAGUAUGUUAAGUUAGAAGUUUAUUGAGUUUCAUUUUGUUUGUUUGACCUCUUUUAUGAGCUCGAGUUGUUUUUGGGAGGGCAUUUUAAAACAAAAAGGAAAUUAAAGAGUCUAUUUUUGGAAAUUGCCUGUGUUCCUCCACUCAUUCAGCUUGAUCCCUCACAUUUGGUGUCAGAAGUGGGAUCUGGAGGACACAGCAUAGUUUUUGCCAUGCAGGCUGGAGUACGGACGAGGAAAGGCAACAAAGGGGAAAUCAAGGAGACGAUGCAACAGUCUGAUGUUGGGGAGAUCGAGGAUGGAGCUGCAAUCAACCUGGGGGACACUGAGGAUGAGGAAAUUAGGGAACCAACAUUGAAGGAUUUGACAAGUAUUCUUCAAACCUUAAUGGGACAACAAGAUAUGAGAGAUAAGAAGAGGGAGGAGGAGUCUGGACAACAGGAGCAGCGUUUUAAGGCUUUGCAGCACCAAUUUCAUCUUUAGCAGAUGGGAAUGCAGGCCCGAGCAACACCUGAGCUGGGGAGAGAUGAUUCAGAACAGGUGGUAAUUUCCAGCAAUGAUUACAUCCAGGUAUCUUCUGAACCUGAAUGCUCAACUUCGACUUCAGCCACAUCCUCCACAGGUCAGUCUUUGCACACACCCCAUUUCAAAAUGGAAAAAUUGACUGCAGAAGAUGACAUUGAACAUUUCCUCACAACCUUUGAGAGAAUUGCAGUUGCCUACCGUUGGCGAAGCUCAGACUGGACUUUUCAUCUGAUUCCCCUGUUGACUGGUAAGGCUCGAGGGGCCUAUGUUAAUAUGGACAUUGAUGAUGCACUGGAUUACCAAAAGGUAAAGACUGCCAUUCUUCAAAAAUAUGAUAUAAAUCCAGAAACAUAUAGACUAAGGUUCCGUUGUCUUGAUGUCAUGGAUGAAAGCCCUAAAGAACUGUAUGCAAGACUAAAGGAGCUGUAUGAAAAAUGGACUCAGCCUAAAGCUAAAACAGUGAAGGAGAUUGGUGAGCUCUUAAUCUUGGAGCAAUUUUUAAGAAUGUUGUGUCCUGAGCUUCAGGUCUGGAUCAAAGAGCAUAACCCAAGAUCUGCGGCGGAAGCUGCUGCCCUGGCAGAUGUGUUUGUGGCAGCCCGAAGCAAGAGUCAGCCAUGGAGUAACACAGCAUGGAGAACAGCUCAAGACAUGCGGCGUCCACAACCUCUUCAACACCAGAGGGCAGCAUCGGGUGUGGGUAAGGUCCCCACAAGGGAAAAUCGACCUCAAAGUUCAAUAAAAGGAUACCUGUAUGCUAUCUGUGUGGACAGGAAGGCCACACCAAGCCUGUGUGCCCCCAAAACCCAAGUCGAUUAAACCAAUUGUGUUUUUUGCCACAGCAGAUGGUGAAAAG